GUGUGUCAGUUCGGUCAGUUUGCGGAAUUAAAUUUGUGAUAAAAUUAUACAACUUGAGGGUGGAACUUCAAAAAGUAGUUUGGAGUGUCCUGCGAUAACUGUAAAUUCGUUUUGGAUCCUGAAUAUCCGAAAAAUUUUUCUUUGGAAAGAAGUGAGGAAAAUCUGCUGUGAAAAAAAAUGAAUUAGCAAAAUUUUGGGGUCUCCUGCCUAUUCCAGACGUGGACAGACACAUCCAAACAUCUCCCUGAACGUCUGAAACCACCACAUUUUCCCCAAAAAUGAUGAAAAUAUCGGCGUUGAACGAGGAGUCGAGUGAGGAGAGUGAUGAGGAGAACAAUCUCCCCAAGAUUACAAAGGAAGCUCAGGAGCAAAUAGCGUUGAUCGAGUACAACAAAGCGCUCGAGCUUCUUACAGAAUCAAAAAUCGAGGAUGCUCUGCACAUCCUGAAAGACCUCCUAGAGACAGAACUUCUGGACCAAGUGGAGAAGCCAGAAGUCCCAGACGGCAGAUCUCGCCCCAUGCUUUCUCUGAAAUACUGUUGUUACAAGAACAUCGGCGGAAUCUACGCCCAGAUGAAUAGGUACGAGAAAGCAAUCGACUACUACUGGGAGGCAGCGAAUCUCGACGACACUGAUGUGAUGCUGUGGUGCCGGAUGGGAAGUCUGGCUCUGGAGACAGCGAACCUGGAAUUUGCCUGUUCCUCCUUCAAGCAGGGCCUCAAGUGUAACCCCAACCACUGGCCCUGCCUGGACAGCAUCAUAACCGCCAUGUUUGCUGUCCCCGACUACAUGAACUGCCUCCUCUACAUCUCCAUGGCUCUAGAGAGAGACCCAAGCUAUGUCAAGGGUCUCGCCUUCAGGGAGAAGAUCUUCAAGGACAUACCGUACUUUCAGGAAAGCUACAAGUUCUUUAACCCAGAUUGGGCCCUGGAUCCACCUCUCGACACCUUCUACGAUCGAUCCCUGGGGGAUAAGCUUCUUGAGGAAGCCAAGGAUAUCGCUGACAGGUGGAUCGAAAUCUGCAGGCCAGACUUCGAGUUCAAACCCAUUCCAGAUGUCUCCCUGAAGAGACCAUUGGAGAAGCACACGUGGCUGGAGCUCGGGGAGUCUCUGAUCGAGAUCCACAACUACAUCACUGACAAUAACCUGAACUUCAUCAGCAAACUCAACCUGAUUGUAGAAAAGCCACAGGAUCCAGUGGAGUCAGAAGUACCUGAUGAUGACAAUAAAAUGGAGGAACCCGAAAUGUGUCUAGAGAAAGAAGAAGUACUGGAUGUCCUAUCAGAUCCUAGUAUCGAGAUAGACCUGGCGAUUUCCCCAAGGUGUGAAAAAACUCCGGAAAAAAUGGAUGACCAGCAGGUGCCUGAGGUGACGCUGGAGAUGGAAGUGGACCUGGAGGAUGAGGCAAAAUCCGAUCCCUCAAGUGAUAUUCAAAUAAUCGAGGAGGAGGAUCCCCUAAAGCUAGAUCCCCAGGACAUAAAAACUGAGGAUGAGGAGAAGCUGGAGGAGUUCGUAGAAACGAUAAACAUCUCGGACGACCUAGACGUCGCCCUGAAGCCCGACAACUCCCAGGAGAACAUGCUAGGCACCGAGGAUCCAAAGCCCUUGCCAGAGAAGACCGAGGGCAAAGCCCAGAGGACCGAAAAACCUCAUGAGCAAUCAGAGGCUAAGGAGGAGCAGCAGAAGGUGAAAAAACGGCGCAGAAGUUCCCUCUGUUUUCUUCAGGAGUGGGCGUGGAGCAGCAGCAGUAUGAGGAGAUCACCAAGGGUGAGGGGCUCGAAUCGACGGGAACCCGAGAGGGACGAUGUCGAGCUCGAGGAGACGAUGAGACGAAUAUUCUCCAGUAAUCUCCUUCCAGACACAGCCAAGAUCAUCAGGGAGGAUCCCCUGAAGUCCAUGGACGACUCCAUGGAUACGAUGGACCUCUACCAGUUGUUCACAUCUCGAGAAACAACCAACACGGACGGCCUCAAGAGUUCAGAGAGCUCCAAGCCCCCGAGUCCUCUACACUCCGAGGAGAGUGUCAAGUACUUUGAAUCGGACCUAGAGAUCAGUGACGUCCAGGAUUUCGUCAAUCAGUAUUCGGGCCGGAGUAACCUGAUGGUGAUAAUCGCAAAAUUCACAGAAUUCCUGGCCACUAAAUGGCAACAGGAGUGGCCUGAAGAGCUCACUGAAGUCUACCUGCAGACAUACCUCUUCACCAGGCAGCACAUUCCCCAUUCAUCAGCGCUGGGGGAUCCUGAUGAGGACGAAUCGAUUCUCAAACACGAGGCGGAGAUGACACUUCUCUUCUGCGAGUUGCACACUGACAAAUGGCUGAAUAAUCGACCUGAGAUAGUUCCAACGGCCUCGAUUGAUAGAUUUGGCACUGGGAUACCGUCUGAGGAGCUCGGCUACAUAAUCUUCGCGAGUGUUCGAAAUAACUUGAACGACGAUCUGGUGUUUCUACUGAGAGUUCUCUGGGUGAAAGUCAAUCUCUUUAUGUGUCAGGGGGAUACUGAUGUCGCAAUGAAGACCCUGGAGCUGUUGAUUCGGGAUUUGCAAGGUGAAACGCAGGGGACUUCGGUGAAGCUACCGAACUGUAAAUACUACUCUAGGAUAGCUCUGCCAAUCGCCCAGAAACGGCUGACGUCCAUUGAGAGAGGGAAGAAUCUCGGAGAGGUCCAGAGGCUCUAUGACGAGAAGAAGUACGCCGAACUGUCAGUCAUCCUCCAGGAGACAUUCAAGUACGCUAAGCAGAGGAACGAGGUGAUGACAGUGUUGAAGUUGAAUAUCGAUCGUGUGAAACAGCUGUCGAUGCUUUUAAAUUGCCUCUGGCAGUUGGAACAGUACGAGGACUGUUUUGUCUGGGCUGAGACGUGUCUUAACGAGGCUUGGCAGGUGUACAUCAACUCGGCAGAUGAAUCUGAACGAAAAAAAUGGGGCCAGAGCGUCCUGAACUGCCUCGAGAAACUAGAGACUUGCGUCGAGAGUGCUGGUACCACAGUUAUCAGGUAUUUGGAUGGAAAAACAACGAGAUUAGUUCAGAAUCUCAUUCAAAUAACGUGUCACCAGCUGGAUGUACCAGAGGGCUCAAUGGAAAUGCCCCUGGAGACAGUCAUCCCCUGGAUCCUCUUGCAUCACGUUCUCCAGUACGAGGAGGACAAAGAUCGUGCUAAAUCCAGACAGUCCCAGAAAUCAAAGCCCUCGGAUUCCCACGAGUCAGAUUCUGAUGAUGAAGAUAAAGACAUACCAUCUCCUCUGAUGAUUCUCUUCACUGGUCAUGAGUUCCUCGGCCGGCACGCCUGGUGCUGUAUGAACGAUGCAAAGCUCCUUAUCUUUACCCUGAAGACCGUCAUUCCCAGGAUGUGCGGGGCCAGACUGGCAGUACUUCGGGAGAAGAUCGACAAGCACUUGGAGCAGAUAUUCUGGUGCUUGUACAGCCAUCCUAGCAGAACCAACAAGACUAAACCCAAACACCUAGAGGAUCAUCAAGUACCCACUAUUCCCCUCACUUGGGAUAUUGCACAGUUGCUCUUCGAGUUCUACAGACCCGAGAUUCUCCCUGAGUUUGACUCACCCAGGCCUAUGUCCAUUACAGCUGAUACUCAACAUCUCUUCAAGAAGAUCAGCUCUCUGGUCCCCAAGGAGCACGAUCCCAGCGAGUUAGUCGAGGAGAUGACUAACUACAUCAUCGGAGGGACAGACAAGAGGCCCUCGGUCAGCAAACCACUGCCUUAUCAAGUGGAAGCACUCUACUAUCUUCUCGCUGAUCAUCUAUUCAAGAAUAACAACUUCUCGUCAGCUGUCAAGUACUAUACGAUGGACGUUAUCCUCCAUCCUGGUGGUUUCAACUCGUGGGCAGCACUUGCCAUGUCCGUGGGAACUGUCAUGGGAACAUUCCUGAAUAACUGCAAACCCAUUUCCGACAUCAAUAAGCUACUGUUCCAAGCCAAGAUGGCGCAGUGCAGCUUCGAAAGAGCUGUGGAGAUCAAGCCUGGACACAGUGUCAUGUGGAUUGAAUAUGGAAAUUUUGUGUACAUGGUACACUCGUUCUGUUCGAGGCUGCUUAAGCAGGAGUCAGAUACACUUAGUAUGGAGAAGUUUGCGGUGUUGGAGAGCAGGAAGGAGGACACGUUGGAGGCAGCUGAGAAUUGCUUUCAAUCGGCUAAUAGGAUUUAUCUGGCGAACAUCGACGACGAGCCCCAACUGCAGGAUGAACGUUGGCUGUAUCAUUACAUGCUGGGGAAAAUCGCGGAGAAGAGGAACGAGGAUCCACCGAUUUUUCUCGAACGAUAUGAAAGGGCUAGUGAACUUUUGUACAAGAAUAACGCACAUUAUCCGAAGAAGAUCAGCCUCAAGAACGCGAAUAAUUCGGCGAUCGAGGCACUCGAGGUUCAUUACAGAAUUCAUGCGAGUAUCCUGAAGUACCUGGAGCAGCACGAAGGCAAGCCCUUGAAGAAAUCUCUGGGGCAGUUGUUCCUGAAGCAUCUCCUGGAGUGUGCGAGCGGUCCCUUCAUGCAAUAUCCCUCUCAGCUCAACAGAAGUAAACGAAAGGAGGAUUUCAACGAGAAAGCUCUCCUAAGGGACGAGAACCCAUCGACAGAUGUCAUCCCCAAGAGUAGAACUCAAGAGAAACGUCAGAACAGUAUUGAAGAGAUCCCAGUAGAGAAGUCAGACUCGAAAGGAAAAUCUGAGAAUAAAAAACGAGGGAGGGAGACAGGGGUUGAGGAACCCUCAAAGAGGAUGAAGCUGGGAAACAUUUCUCAUCUCCAACUGAUGCAGGAUGUGCUCAGUGUGAUCGAUGAGUUGAUAACCAAAGUAUGUGAUAUAAGUCUACAGAGGGAGCAGAAGGACUUGUCCAGUGACGAGGUUAUGGUGAUAUCUAGUGACGAGAGUGACAAGGAGAGAUCUGGCGAGAAGAAAUCGGGCUUCCUGGGAAAGUCCAUGCCUGUCAAUGCUCAGGAGAUGAUGGACGAUCUCAUGAAGCAGAUGCUGGAGGAACAGCCGGUGCAGAUGGAUGAGGAGGAGAGCAGGAAGAGCGAGGGUAAGUGGAUGCAGCAUGAGGAUCUUCAGGGGACUGAGGUUCCCUGCAAAGACAGGGAGUACAAAGAGAAACCUGGGGAGAAAAAGAAGACACAGGUUAACCACGUCAAGGAGGAAGCUACCAUGAGCAGGAGAGGGUCACAGGAAAGCACCACAACUACCUUAACUACCACGACUAAUGAGACUAAUAAUUCGAGCUUCAGCAGCAGUGAUGAGUCCAGCAGCAGUGAGGACAGCUCGGACAGCGAUAGCUCGAGUCUUGAGAGUGACAGCGAUUCUGGGGACAGUGACGGGGAGAAGAAGAAAAAUAUCGAGGAGAAGGAAGAAUAUCUCACAGAGACAGAAGUCUCGAAGAUCAUCAGCUACUGUCUGGCAGGCCUGGAGCAGUGUGUCCUUCGUUUCCCCGGACAUUACAAGUCAAUCUAUCGUCUCUGUCACUUUUACUUUAACAACAAAAUUCUCAAGGACAACGACAAGUGCCGUGAUCUGCUCAUGAGGACGUUCAAGUGCCAGUACCACACGGGGAUGACACUUCAGGGGCUCUUCGCCGACCGAAAGAGCACAAAUUUCUUCAAUGGUGUUUGGCGUAUCCCGACAGACGAGAUCGAUCGCCCGGGUAGCUUUCCCUCGCACAUGUCAAGAUGCGUGACCCUCUUGAUGCAAGUCCUCAAGGAAACCGAAGACAGUAUAAUGCUGAUGGAGUUGUGCAUUCAGCUCCGGAAAAUCCCCGAUGCCGAUAAGAAAUACGUGCGAGAUUCAGAACGUGAGCAAUUAUCCCGCCAGGCAUCGACCCUAUGCUUGCAGUCCCUGCGAACAAGGAUGCAAGUGAUGGGCCCCCCGAGCGCCACUGAUAAUUCACCCCUCUUCCGGAAGGAUCGUCGAACGGCCGUUUUGCUGGACAUCUACAAGAUCUAUCAGCAGGUCCAGAAGAACUUCCAGGGAAAGGAGGUCCAGGCGUUUGCAACCCUCUUGGUAGACACUUACAAGUCGUACAUGGGGAUUAAAUCAUCGGAGGGAAAUCUCCUGGAGACUGCAAUGCGUUGCUGCCAGCAGCAGAUCCUUGCCAACAAGAUAGCAGCCUCGCAGUCUCACCAGCACAGAACGGAGGUGUCUGGGGCAAUGGGGCCAGCCUCAGUGACUCCAUUAGCCUCCAGUCAGCCUGUGAAUCCUCCGAGUCAGCCUUCACCAGUACCAACAUCACCCCAAGCUCCCCAGCAAAGAAAGUCCUACAAGCCCUCUGGGACAGGCCGCCCCCGUGGACGGCCACCGAACGUCAACAAGUUCCUCUCCAUGCAAACAGGUGGCAUGAUGGGCCCUUUCAGCAAUAAGAGCUAUUCUGGGUACAUGGGGACAGCUGGAAACCAGGCGAUGAUGCCUCCGUAUCUCAUGAAUUCAUUGAUGGAUCAUAACAUGAUCACAGCGAUGCUGGGAAGCAGCCUGGGGAGCAACCUGAUAGACUCCCUGUCAGCAAUGAAUUACCUCAGUCAAGUGGGAAAUUAUCAGGACAUCUUGAGGCAGUACCAGAAUAAUUUGACGUCUAUGGGGGGCCUUCCUGGAUACGGGAAUCUCUCGACUCCCCUGUCCAGCUCCAGUGGCACUUUGCCGACGAUGAGCACCAUUAACACGUCGAGCUCGAUGCCCCAGAGUGGCAUGCCAGGGAUGGGAACCAUGAGCAAUUUGGGGAGUUUGACUGCUCACCAACUGCUCAGUUUACAGAAUUCAGCGACGGCAUUGACCAGUGCUGGAAUGUACAAUCAAGUCAAACCUACGACAACGUCAUCGUCAGGGAAGGAUCACUCACACUCGGUGUCGAUUACUCCAGUUGGGGGUAGUCAGAAGAAGAAGCAUGUGGGUCAUGGGGAUAUGUCACAUGUGAAAAUGUCACAGAAGCAACUGCCAUCACCGACGCAGGUAUCCCUUUUGAAGCCCACAGUCAUCCAGCCCCCGAAGACAACUCCCCCGAAGCUCAUGUCAGCCCCCCAAAUUCGAGUCUCCAAGAAUUUAACAGAACCACAACCAGCGCACAACGCUUCACUCUCAGUGAGUCCCAUGAAGAGUGCCAGCCCCUCUGGUAUUAACCUGCCAGUCAGUCAUGCCAGCCUCCAGAAUUCAGGCCUCAACAUAAAACCAGUGCCCAUGGGGAUGCAGAGAGGUACCUCUCUGCAGCACAAAUUAUUGUCCAAGAAGCAGGGACAGCCUCUGCCUCAGAAGCUCCAACAGAAUCAGCUGAAAAAACAGAGACCAGCCAAGUCCCAGGUGUCUGCAUUGCCUGUGCAUUAUGAUAGAUUCAGGGGGAUAUCUGGAGCUCCCUUCAUACCCUCUGAACUCAGUGGCAUAUCUGUAAGUCCUGUCAGCCAGUCGAUGGCCUCCAAAAUUCCCCCCAAACCCGCCUUCAGGAAGUCCAACAAACCCAAGGGCUUAGACAUGACUGGGGGCAUCCAGAGUACCAUUCCAGCUUCUAAUACUGCUGAGACUUACUCGAUGCUGUCGCAACUGAAGCAGCACGCACAUCUAGAGAUUAUUCCCCAGAAGGGUCACUCCAAGAACAUCGAUUUUGGAAAAAAUCUGCCAUUGUCAUUGAGUGUUGUACCUCAGAAGGGGCCAGAAGCGGGUCGACCUGUGGGAAUGGACUCGUGGAAGAGCAGUAGUGCUGCCAAGAAGGGGGAGAAAAGCCUCAAGGACAGUGUGGAAAUUAUUACUCUUGAUGAUUGAGGCCGAUAACUACUGCCAGAUUAUGCUUUGUGAUACGAUUUAGUUAAGUAAAGUAAUUGUAUAUUUUCAUUAUAGCAUUUAUUCGUCUUUUCUCAAGCCUGAAAAUAAAUAUUGAAUUUAUAAGAAGAGA